AUGUCUGCGAGCUACCUGUUCCCCGGGAAGAAGAAGUACAUAAUGAGCACGAAGGAGUGCGCGGUGGUGGCGAGCUUCGACGAGAACGGGCAGCAAGUGAUCACGAUCUACAACCUGGCGAAUCGGUUCAUCGAGUUCGCGUCUUCGCUGUUCCGGAACGGGAAAACGGAGUUCGUGAACGCGAUCGUGAGCCAGUGGGAUUCGAUCUUUGUGAUGACGCGCACCAAAACCGUGUUUUGCUUCCAAGAGAAGGAUCUGCCGACGAAGCUGCGGUCGCUGUACGAGAAACACCAGUAUCCGAUCGCGCUGGACGUGGCGAUUCGGAGCGGAAUGGACGUGAACGGCGUUCUCAACAUUCACCGAAUAUACGGCGAUUAUUUGUACGAUGAGGACGAGAACGAGAAGGCGAUCGAGGAGUACAAACAAACGAUCGGGUUUAUCGAGCCCUCCUACGUGAUCAAAAAGUUUUUGGACGCGCAGCGGAUGCCGCAAUUAGCCACGUAUCUCGAAGCGCUGCACCAACGAAGCCUCGCCAACAGCGAGCACACCACUCUCCUGAUUAACUGCUACACCAAACUGAAGGAGAAGGAGAAGCUCCACCAGUUCAUCUACUCCGACCACGCCGGAAUCCACUUCGAUGUCGAGAUGGCCGUCGAAGUGCUUCGCAACGCCGGCUGCUACGAAGAAGCGCUUCAUCUCUCCAAAAAGCACCAGCUCUUCAUGAACCACCUCCGAAUUCUCAUCGAAGACAUGCAGUCCUUUCACGGCGCCCUCGCGUAUAUCAAAUCGCUCCCCAGCGAGCUCGCUUCCACCGCGCUCCAACUCUACGGAAAAGAGCUUCUUUCCCAUCUCAGCAUCGAAACCACCAACAUCAUCAUCCAGCUCUGCCUUCCCGCCAAUUCCGGCUUCGUCCCGCUGCCCCUCGAGGACGGUUCCCGCGGGGAGGUUGUGCAUUUUACGGGGCAGGACGACGAGGAAUCGCUGCUGAACGGGUGCUGCGUGCCGGACAAUUUCAUUCAGUGUUUCGCGGAUUCCCCGCGGCGAUUGAAGCAGUUCUUGGAGGCGAUGCUGAAGUACCGCGCGCAGUGCGACACGAUCGUGUGGAACACGACGCUGGAGCUGCUGCUGCGGAAGGAUUUGCUGCGCGAAGAGCUGCGCGAGAAGGGAAGCGACGAAAGCGAGUUGGAGGCGAUCUAUCGAGAGAACAUUAUGGGGCUGCUGCGCAUGCCGAAGGCGCAGUAUGACGUGGAUCAGGCGCUGGUGCUGGUGCAGAUGCACAAUUUCGAGGAGGGACAGCUGUUUUUGUAUGAGCGAUUGCAGAUGCAUGAGAUGAUGUUGAAGCUGUAUAUCAACGCUGGCGAUGUGGAGCACGCGAUUCAGCUCUGCAAGGAGCACAAAACGGAGGAUUCUUCGCUGUGGACGCAGCUGCUGAUUUUUUACUCGGAAAUGGAUUCCUUGGAUAUGGAGAAGCUCAUCGAAGUUCUCAACUACGUGUAUGAAAACAGGAUCAUCUCGCCGCUCCUGGCGCUCCAGCUCGUUUCCAAAAACCCGAAAAUCACGCUUGGGGGCAUGCGCAACUUUUUGAUUCAUUGCAUCGAGGGAAAGAGACAGAUGAUCGAGGAGGAUCGCAGCAAGGUCGCCGAGUUGCGCAAAGAGGUGGAGGACAUGGAAGCCGAGAUGGAGGACAUAAAAACAUAUCUUUUUUUGGAAUGGCGGAAUUCUUGA